AUGGCCUGCUCACAGCUACACCAGAGCCAAUCAGAGGGAUACCGGACAGCACACACACGGUUUGGGACGUUGAGAACCAUGGAGCAGUACACCACUGCCACCACCACUACUGGGGAGCAGAUCGUUGUGCAGACAGCUAAUGGCCAGAUCCAGUCUCAGACACAGGGCACAGUUACAGCUGUGCAGCUGCAGACAGAGGCACCUGUAGUGACGGCCUCCGGCCAGCAGGUGCAGACACUCCAGGUAGUUCAGGGGCAGCCUUUAAUGGUCCAGGUGAGUGGAGGUCAGCUCAUCACAUCCUCUGGUCAGCCCAUCAUGGUCCAGGCCAUGUCGGGGGGACAGGGACAGACCAUAAUGCAGGUGCCUGUGUCUGGAGCUCAGGGAUUACAACAGAUUCAGCUCGUACAGCCGGGGCAGAUCCAGUUACAGGGUGGACAGACGCUGCAGCUCCAAGGUCAGCAGGGUCAGCCUCAGCAGAUCAUCAUUCAGCAGCCCCAGGCCGCCAUCACUGCAGGGCAGAACCAGGGGCAGCAGAUCAGUGUACAAGGGCAGCAGGUGGCUCAGACUGCAGAUGGACAAACCAUUGUGUACCAGCCCGUCAACACAGAUGGCACUGUACUUCCACAAGGAAUGAUUACGAUUCCUGCAGCCAGUUUGGCAGGUGCCCAGAUUGUUCAAGCAGGUGGUGCAAACACCAACACCACUAACAGCGGCCAAGGCACUGUGACCGUCACCCUGCCAGUCUCCGGCAACAUGGUGAAUGCAGGUGGAAUGGUCAUGAUGGUGCCUGGUGGCGGUGGUGUUCCCACUAUGCAGAGGAUUCCUCUUCCCGGGGCAGAGAUGCUUGAGGAGGAGCCGUUGUACGUCAACGCAAAGCAGUAUCACCGCAUCUUGAAGCGCAGACAGGCCCGAGCAAAGCUGGAGGCAGAGGGGAAAAUACCUAAAGAGAGAAGGAAAUAUCUGCAUGAAUCACGACACCGUCAUGCUAUGCAACGCAAGCGAGGGGAUGGUGGGCGUUUCUUUUCACCUAAAGAAAAAGAAGAAAUGGGGCUUUCACAGGACAUGGGUCCGGGAGAUGAAACUCUGAGACAAGUGCACUGUACUCUCACAGGAGAAGAACCGAACAGGACCUACUUUCCUCCUGUGUUACCUCCGCUGGGUGUUAAUCUCCUAGUGCGACACGACCGCAGCUUCAUUCGCCCGCAGAGCCCCGUAAAGCCCCGUAAAGCGCAUGCCAUGACAGACUCGGAGCUGGACGGGAGGACGGAGGUCAAACAAGGCACCAAAUAUGUCAAAGAGACGGAGAACGUGGCGGAGAAAUAUUCCGCUUUGACCGUGAGCAAGAACAGCAGUGAUGUGAAUAUGAACGUGGGAGAAGUGUCCUCCGCAGCCUUCUCCGCAGUGCCCUCCAUGAAGUCUGUUAAGAAGAUACAGUUUGUGAACGCGGAGGACAAACAGGAAUUCAGCAAGUUUCCAACCAAAGCUGGACGCCGUUCUCUGUCUCGGUCGAUCUCACAAUCCUCAACAGACAGCUAUAGCUCAGCUGCGUCUUACACAGACAGCUCUGAUGAUGAAACGACCCCCAGGGAAAAAUCUCAGACCAACAGCCGCGGCAGCAGUGACUUCUGUGUCAAAAACAUCAAGCAGGCGGAAUUUGGACGCCGUGAAAUUGAAAUAGCUGAGCAAGACAUGUCUGCCCUCAUCUCCCUGCGGAAGAGAGCCCAGGGGGAGAAACCUUUGGCAGGGGCCAAGAUUGUGGGCUGUACCCACAUCACUGCUCAGACUGCAGUGCUGAUCGAGACUCUGGUGGCUCUCGGAGCUCAGUGUCGCUGGACGGCCUGUAACAUCUACUCCACACAGAACGAGGUAGCUGCUGCUUUGGCUGAGACAGGAGUACCUGUGUUUGCCUGGAAGGGAGAGUCAGAGGACGACUUCUGGUGGUGCAUUGAUCGCUGUGUCACCAGUGACGGUUGGCAGGCUAAUAUGAUUUUGGACGACGGUGGAGACCUUACACACUGGGUUUACAAGAAGUAUCCCAGUACAUUCAAGAAGGUCAGAGGUAUCGUCGAGGAGAGUGUGACCGGAGUGCACAGAUUGUACCAACUAUCUAAAGCUGGAAAGCUGUGUGUUCCUGCUAUGAAUGUGAACGACUCUGUGACUAAACAGAAGUUUGACAAUCUCUACUGCUGCCGUGAAUCCAUCCUUGAUGGCCUAAAGAGGACCACCGACAUUAUGUUUGGGGGCAAACAGGUGGUGGUGUGUGGUUAUGGAGAGGUUGGAAAAGGCUGCUGCACAGCGCUGAAAGCUCUCGGGGCCAUUGUGUGCAUCACAGAGAUUGACCCGAUCUGUGCCCUGCAGGCUUGCAUGGACGGCUUUCGGGUGGUGAAGCUGAGUGAGGUAAUCCGACAGAUGGACGUGGUGAUCACCUGCACUGGUAACAAAAAUGUUGUCAGCAGAGAGCAACUGGACAGAAUGAAGAAUGGCUGCAUUGUCUGUAACAUGGGGCACUCAAACACUGAAAUAGAUGUGGCUAGUUUGCGCAGUCCGGAGCUUACCUGGGAGAGGGUCCGCUCUCAGGUGGACCACAUUAUCUGGCCCGACGGGAAGAGGGUGGUGAUGUUGGCAGAGGGUCGCCUCCUAAAUCUGAGCUGUUCAACAGUGCCUACCUUUGUUCUGUCCAUCACCGCAACCACUCAGGCUCUGGCUCUGAUCGAGCUCUUCAAUGCCCCAGAGGGACGCUACAAGCAGGACGUCUAUCUGCUGCCCAAAAAAAUGGAUGAGUAUGUGGCCAGUCUGCAUCUACCAAACUUUGACGCCCACCUCACAGAGCUGACCGACGAACAGGCCAAGUACAUGGGCCUCAAUAAGAAUGGUCCCUUCAAACCAAACUACUACAGAUAUUAG